UAAAUAAGGUUCAAUUUUAACUAAACAAAUCACAUAAUUGUGAAGCCCCUGUAAACAGUUAAACGCUACCCACACAAGCGAACCUGCCGCAGACCAACUGAAGAGGGCUGAUAACGGGUCGGCUUUGGGUUGGUCAAGGAAGACAAUAAAGUGAGUGUUGUGUUUACAGUGCUUCCCAGAUAAGGUUUCAUAUAAGUUCGGUUCAUCGAUUUUAUAACAACUAUUCCAGGGCAAGUUUGCGGCGCAAGUUGUUGAUCGACGGUCGAAUCUAGUGAUCCACAAAAUUUACAACUGUCUGUUGAAGUUCAAUCAAAUUUAGCCUACCUACUGUUUUUUUUUAAAUUGUAUUGAAACAAAAUCUAAAUUAUGAGUCAAUCAAUCACAUUGUCCUCCGGGGGACAGCCGGAGGGCAUGUCUCUCGAAGGGACCAAAGAGUCAAGUGUUUUGACGGUGAAAACUGUGGACGGCGCUCAGCAUUCGGAGGCAGACGCUGUGACCUUGACCGUUGAUGGCUUUGGAGUAGUAAAGGAUCCCCUGUCGGGGGAGGUUCAACCUGUUAAACGUUACACCUGGGCUAACGAAUCGGGUAUGAUGGUACAGGUCAUUUCGUACGGUGCAAUCAUAACUGUGAUGAAGGUCCCUGCAAAGGAUGGUUCUCUGGAGGAUGUUGUUCUUGGAUUCGACGAUAUUCCAGGAUACCAAACAGCAAAUAAUCCCUACUUUGGAGCAACCGUAGGGAGAGUGGCCAAUAGGAUUGGUGGCGGCAAAUUUACAAUCGAUGGUGUGGAGUACCAUGUUACGAAAAACUACGAAAAUCGUCAUCAGUUACACGGAGGCAAAAUUGGGUUUGAUAAAUUCAAUUGGCAUGGCCACGUUCAAGGUACGGUUGUAACUUUAUCUCACACCAAUCCGGAUGGGCAUGAAGGAUACCCGGGAACAGUAAUUGCAUCCGUCACUUAUGAACUGAAGCGUGAUAAUAGAUUCACUUGCACAUUCCGAGCUACAUCCAGUGCUUCGACGCCGAUAAAUUUAACGAAUCAUUCCUAUUUUAAUCUUGCUGGACAUAGCAAAGGUUACGAAGAAAUCUACCGCCACAUCAUAUCGGUGAACGCUGAUCGUAUUACGGAAACGGAUGAGGAUUCAAUUCCAACCGGCAAUUUCCUUUGCGUUGGUGGCUCAGCUUACGAUUUGCGCAUUCCCCGAGAGCUUGGUCCUGCUAUGUCUCGUGCUGCAGGAGAAGGUUUUGAUAACAAUUUCUGCAUCACAAAAGGUACCCAACAGGGUAUGACAUUCACUGCGCGGGUUGUUCACCCUCAAUCAGGCCGAGUGCUGGAAGUUUACACUGAUCAACCUGGCGUUCAGCUGUACACUAGCAACUUUAUGCCAGAUCCGAAUCGCAAUAUUCGCCCUCGUCCAACAAACGCCGAAGAUUAUUACGAGGUGACCCACUUGGAACCAGUGGUCCCAGCUAUGUCUCAAAAUCCACCGAUCAGAGGCAAAGGAGGCGCACGAUACUUCAAACACGGAGCGUUCUGUUUGGAAACCCAAAAUUACCCAGAUGCUAUGAACCAUGACAACUUCCCUAACUCUAUUUUGACACCCGGUGAAACCUACGUACACCGAGUGGAGUACAAAUUUGGAAUCUGCUAAUCCGCUGGAGAAAACUGCUUGACCCGCAGUAAAGUUAUAAUAA